AUGGGUUUCGACAGGAUGAGCUUCGAGAUCAGUCUUGGGAAGCCGUUUCUACGAAAGGAGACGGAGCUCAUGAUGAAAGCCAUCUGCGAGGGCAGGUCGACCAAGCAAGAGUUUCUGCAGAGCAACAUACACCAGUACAGGACGGUAUACCAUCAGUCCUCGGCGGAGCUCAACACACUCAAAGCAGCUUGCAGACAAUACGUCUUCAACAACGGUAACGGGCAAUGAACGAUCAACAUAUCCCCUCCCGAGUAUAUCAGAGGCUGGUCACACAGAACAGCACUGCACGAAUUCCCUCACCUAUACACCCUCACGUAUAGUAAGUACAACAACCCUCUCAAACCACUCACAACACGCCCCCAACCUGAAACAAAUGUCCCCGCCCUCUCUAACCAACGAGAACAAAAGCACCAGCAGCAGUGCAUCCUAUCAACAACACCACAUUUUGCCUGCCGUGAAAUGGCGGGUGGGAUUUACCUGCAUGUCGCUGGUGCGCGGGUGUGGACCAUCACGAGCUCCCCCCUUCCCCUUCCCCUCCCCCAUCAAUUCCUCGGCCGCGGCGGAAUUGGGGGUGCUAUUUCCCCCCUCCUUCCGAUAACCGGAUGUCCGGGGGUUGGUAAAAAGAUCAUGGCUUUUUUUCUUUGACACUCCCGUUCCGUUUUCCGGGCUCCGGUUCGUUGCAGUAAAAGCAAGCAGCCAGAGAAGUGUGUGUUUGUG